UGUGAAUGAACGUGACGGUCGGGCGAGCGUAAACGCACCGCGGCUUGUCAACACAGUUACUAUAGAAACGAAGGAGCGCUAACGUUAGCUAGCUAAAACAAUAGCUGGCGACAUCCUUUUUGUUUUCUUUAUAAGAUGGAGGAUCGCUUUGCCUUUCUUGCUGAGUGGUAUGACCCGACUGCAGCUCUCCUGCGGCGGUACCAGCUAUUCUACUAUCCUAAAGACGGCUCAGUGGAAAUGUUUGAUGUCAAGAACCAGCGGAUUUUUUUAAGAAGGACCAAAUAUGAUGACCUCCAUCAAGAGGACCUAUUUAUUGGGAAUCGCGUCAAUGUUUUCUCACGGCAGCUAAACUUGAUUGAAUAUGGGGAUCAGUUCACAGCAAACAAACUUGGCAGCAAAAAAGAAAGAACCCUUGCUUUGAUUAAGCCAGAUGUAGUUACAAAAAUUGGAGAUGUGUUUGAAUUGAUAUAUUCCUCCAACCUAAUUGUCACCAAAGCUAAAAUGACAAAGCUUACAUGGAUCCAAGCAGCAGACUUUUAUAUGGAACAUCAGACAAAGCCUUUCUUCAAUAACCUGGUGCAGUUCAUGUCCUCUGGUCCUGUGGUUGCCAUGGAGCUGAUGGGUGAUGAGGCCAUAUCUAUCUGGAGAAGGCUCCUGGGACCUGUGGACUCUGCUGUGGCGCGGAGGGAAGCACCGCAGAGUGUCCGUGCCCAGUUCGGAACAGAUGGCAUCAAAAAUGUCGGGCAUGGCUCUGACUCACUUGCUGCAGCAGCGAGAGAGAUUGAAUUUUUUUUCCCAUCCACUAUCGGUCACGGCCCAUCGAAUACAGCCACCUAUACAGACUGCACGUGCUGCAUCAUCAAACCUCAUGCCAUAGCAGAAGGCCUGACUGGAAAGAUCCUGAACUCCAUAUCUUCAGCUGGAUUUGACAUCUCAGCCCUUCAGAUGUUCAAUGUGGAGCGGGCGAAUGCAGAAGAGUUCUAUGAAGUUUACAGAGGUGUUGUUACAGAGUAUCCUAGCAUGGUGACCGAGCUGUGUUCUGGACCCUGCAUGGUGUUAGAGAUCCACGGCACAGACACACCCAGGUCCUUCAGGGACUUCUGUGGGCCCGCUGAUCCUGAAAUUGCACGGCAUCUCCGUCCCACCACGUUGCGUGCUCUCUACGGCAAAGACAAAGUGAAAAAUGGCGUGCAUUGUACAGACCUCCCUGAAGACAGUGUCCUGGAGGUGCAGUACUUCUUCAAGAUAUUGGAUGGAUGAAUGCAAACAAGAAACCACAAUUAACAAAGGAGGACAUCACAUGAAGAAAACAUUUAACUCCAGCUCCUCAGAUAGUUUUAAAUUUUUGUUUAUUGUUUCAGCCUUAUGCAGAUUAAAUAAAGUGACCAGAGAACA